AGGUUGAAUUUGUCAGUAGGUUUGGUGAUGAGAAAUCUCGGAUCAUUGGAUGGCUUCAAAAUGCAGUGAGUUGUAAUGUUGAAUCUCUUACUAUUUUCUUUAGAGCUUUGAUUGUACUCUUCCUAUGGACUUAUGUCUCCCUUUCCCAUGUUGUGUCUUCGACUGUGAGUCUUUGAGGUCUUUAAUUGUCGACAUGAGGUGUACUGUUCUUAAAGCUUCAUCAUUUGCUACAUCUCACGUCUCUAAUCUGGUAUGCAUGAUGUUAACAAAUAUUACUUUUGAAGAUGAUAAGGGGUUUUGCAAAUGGGUCUCAAUCUCCUGCAGAUUCCUUAAGGAAUUGCUUAUUGAUCAUGUUAAUGGGUUGGAAAAUAUCACCAUUGAAAGUUCGUCCUUGGAAUCAUUCAGUCGGAACUCUGGCAGCUCCUGCAGAGCAUUGCAACUUACUUGUCCAAAUCUAAAGCGUCUGAAGUGGGUUGGAUAUUAUCUUCCUAUUAACUUGUUCAUGGGAGAAUUCAACUGCUUAGAAGAAGUCGAAAUUUCGUUUAGCAAUCCUGAAGUUGAUUAUGCAAGAGCUGACUUCAUUAGUGCCCGUGAUAAUCUGUUGCGCAGUAUGUGCAGUGUUAAAGCUCUUGUUCUUGAUCCAAUUACUGUAGAGAUUCUAUUCAAGGGUGGUUCUCCACAUGCACCAUUCUUGAACCUUUGGAGCUUGCAUGUUCGAAUUCAUGAAAGUAUUUGUAAUGCUACAGGCCCUGCUCUGGCCGCUCUUCUCAACGGAGCGUCAAAUUUGAAUACUUUGGAUAUAUCAUCCAAAUCACCUAAAAUUUCUAAUGGAAUUCAAUCAUUUGGAUACGCUAAGGGAUAUUGGGCAAAACCAGGCCUCCUUGAUUUUACAUCUCAGCUGAAAGAGGUAACCCUGGAGCUCACCAAUGGUUCUAAUGGAAUUGCAUUAGCGUGGCAUAUUCUUGAGCAUGCUCAGAAUUUGAAAAAGAUGAUCAUUAUUUGUUUCCCCAUUUUGCCGCAUCAUUAUAAUUUUUUGAUGAAGUUGGAGGGAACCAAGAUUAUUUCCAACGCCACAAUUACGAUUCAGAGAAACUAAUAUUAGGCCAUGAAGAGACUAGACGAUGCUAUUUCUUUUGAAAGGGUUGAUGCUAUUUUUUGUUUUUGUUUUGAAGACAGGGUUGAUGCCAUUUUGUUAUGAUUUGUUAUUAUGGAAUUUGUUAUAACUUUAG